AUGUCCCACAUAACUGAGGGCUCUUCGCUAGAUGCGCUUCUCAAUUCGAUCGACAUCAACGAUCCUGAGAAGAGCCGCAGAAGCGCCGAAGACAACAACGCGAAACAAAUAAAGCGACGGAAAGACGUUCGGAUCGGCCCAAUCGCGGAUCUCGACCAAGAAAUCAGUCCCGUGCUCGAGACGGCGGCGGCGAUCGACAACGAUGAGUCAGUGGAAUACUACGAUGACGACGGCGACGAUAAUAUCGAGCCUCAAUCUUCACAGAACGCCGAGGUGCGGCAGAACACGACGAGCGGUGGCAACGACGACGACGACGAUGACGACGACGAUCCCCUCGCAGCCCGGCCCAAAACCGACCCUCUGCAGAAACUGCUCCCGUACAUCACAUUUGACUGCCACGGAAGGCUCGAGGGAUAUUACGCCGAUCUACAAUUCGGAUGCGAAGUCUUCCACUACUGCAAGAAAGAAGGCAAACGCUUCUCGUUCAUCUGUCCGCCGAAUUCAACAUUCAACCAAAAACUCAUGAUCUGCGACUACGACAAAAUAGCGAAAGACACUUGCGUGGACUCUCCGAAUUUUUUCCACCUGAACAAGCAGCUCUACGGCAUAAAACAGAAGUAUAAGUUCCCCGAAUACGCCACUUCCGAAUCUCAGAAUAUCGAGCAGACAGUCAGCGCGACCGAGGCCACGACUUCGGUGAGUUUCGAACGCAGAGUAUCGGAACCCGAGACGACUCCCGCGGCGCCCGCGGCAACGACGACAGCGGCGGCGGCGUUGGCUGCGAGUACCGAGCGUCCGACGACUCCGACCCCGAAAAGGGCGAAAAUCCGCUCGAAACUCUCAAGGCCGACGACUACGGAAGCUCCGAGUGCAUCCGCCCCGGCGACGGAAGAGAAACCUAAUCCAGUGAAAAAGCCAUCACGGAAGAGGAAACCUAGACCUACACCGACACCCAAGCCGCAGGACGAAUCCGACGACGCUCCCGUCGCUAAGAAGACAACGACUUUCAAGAAGAAAUCCAGACCGUCACGUAAGCCGCAAACUACGUCGGUGGUUCAGCCCGCCCCUCCAGAGCAUCUUGAUCGUCAUUCUGAGCCUCGGAGACCAGACACGCCUCCUCGCACCCAAACUCAAUCUCUGGUCGCUCGUCCCCCGAAGUUCGAGUCCAGACCUCGCGUCCCGGUCGAAUCUACCGAUUUAACCGCUCCUCGAGUGCCCGGUCUCCGACCCACUGUGCCGUCGCGUGUACCGCCUGCACAACAAGAAACCUAUCGCCCCCCACCCGUACAACCAAAGAGACACCGAAAGAAGAAUCGCCCACCCUCUCAAGCCGCCAAGAACGAGGUGCCCGAAUAUGAUCGCAUGUUCAGCGCCGAGCGACCCUUGGGAACCUUCCCACCUCAGGAGCCUGCGCCCCAGAACCCGGCCCAACCGGCGUACGUACCUCCGUCGGCUCCGCAACAACAUUUUGGGGAAGAACCUCCCGCAUUCACGCAACCUCAGGGAUUUCCCCAUCAACGAUUCCCCCCAACUCAGCAUGCUCGAGAACCCCCUGUCCAACACUUCCACGCACCUCAAGUAGCGCAACAAGAAGUCCCUCAAUUCGUGAAUCAGCAGAUGAAUCAUCCGGUUCCUCAGAGGUUCCCCACGCAGUUCACUCCCCCUCCUCCACCGACAGUUCCUCAAUUCCAACUCCAGCAAUUCCCAACUCCAAGACCAGUACAGGACGCCAUCCGGUUCUCGGACCCGUUCCCCCCGAAACAAGACUUUGAUCCAGGGAGACAGAACUUGAACGGCGGCACUGAAAGCCAUUUCUUCAGGGGUCCCGAAGCUGUGAGUCAUUUUGGCCAAUCUUUCGGACCGACGGGAGGCGCCGCGAAAACUGAAUUCCCAAGCCAAGUCCCCGGGUCGGGUCAAGUCCCGCAAUUCGAUUACGUGUUCCCGAACACUCAACAGAGUCCACAGACUCCUUUCCAAGCCCCACAACAGCCUCCGUCGCGAUUCUAUCAAACCAGUCCCGGCUAUUCACCGGUCUCGACAUAUGACACCAGCUACGGAGGUCUGUUCGGAGCUGCCACGUCAGGCAGUCCUCAAACGUUCUUCGGUGCAGCCCCUCAGACUCCCUCCGGAUUCAACCCCUUCCAAGAACAGCACGUGCACCAUAUUCAUUCGAGGAAGCGCCGGUCCGCUGAUAUCACCCCCGUCGUCGAUCAUCACCACGUUGGCGAUGACAUCGAUUUCGCUAUUAAAGCGGAGGACGAUCGCGCAUCGAACGUCGCGAAAUCACGACAGCGGAGGCAGUCGAUAUUCUCCCGAUUACCGAGCAUUUUCUCGAGGAAAUCGAACCGUCCUUCGAACCCCUUCGCUUCGGCGUCGUCGAUGAACCCGUCAUUCAGCGAGAUGCCCGGAUUCUACGGCGGACGUUUUAAUCAUCAGCUGUCAUCGGAAAGUUCCUUCCCGGGAUUCGGCGGAAGCUUCGCUCGAUUCGCGUCCGGACCCCCGCAGACUCCUUUCGGGAAUCAGGCUUCGAGUUCGAUUCGGGUACCGUCGAUCGGUUCCCUAAGUGGCGGCCCAGGGGCAAAUCUGUUUUCGCGCAACCGAAAUCCUCUGAAUGCUGGAGGCCACUUGACUUUCACAGCGACGUCUCUGGGACAGGUCCCAUCCGAGUUGGGAAUGUCUCCCAAUCAGUUCUUCAGCCAGGCGAGCCUCCAAAAACCGAUUCAACCGAAGCAUAACUCGGCCGGACAGCCUCAGAUGAUGAUGGGCGGCAGCGGUGAGGAUAUUAUCCCAUCUCCGGGAACCCUCUCCCAGACGGGACUCAAACCCAACGGUAACACAAUGAUCCCGAAUCUCCCGCCGGGCAUGCAAGGAUUCCAACAGAGCGCCGAGGUAGUGGAAGAAGACGACAAGACGGCUAUUUCGUACAUUCCGAUGACGCCGGGAAAAAUUACUGUAACGUUAGACUCGAUCGAGGACACCUCGAGCGGGGGCUCGAAAGCCACUCCGAUGUCGUUCCCGCCAGAACGGCUCCGACCCGCCAACCCGAAACAGGUUCUCAACCAAAUGCGGAACUCGUUCCGACCCAUGGACUCCGCCGCCGGUGGACUGACCCAUCCGAACGAUUAUAUCAGCGAGGUCACCCCGCCGGGAGUCAAGAGAGAGCCCGCCCCGAGCAACGCCGUCGACGACAGCGGGAAAAGCAUCCCUUAUCCAUCACAUCUAGCGAGGAACCCAGAGAAAUUCCCCAAAUUCAGCGAUCCGGCUCCGAAAGUGAAUUCGUUCAAUACCCCUCAGUUCCUGAUUCCGCAAACGCAAUUCAGUCCGCAAGUGGAUGGAUACGCUUCUCCGCCGCUGACUUUCAGUCGGGGAAGUUAUUUCCCCGUUAAAUCCGGCUUCAGGCCAACUACGCCGAAUAAAUUCCUCGAUUUCGGAGGUCUUCCCGAUGCGGGCAAAGGAACUCAGAGACCGAUCCCGGCUGUGCGACAGCCUCCCCCGAUGCCGGCCCACCUCGAAUCCGGAAAGAGUGAAGAUGGAACCCUGUCUCAGAAAAAUCAGAAGAAACGAAACAAAACGAAGAAACGCCGGCCCAAACCCUCGACGUCGACGCCUCUGCCGCCCUCAAUGAUCGAAGUUGUCACUCACGGCGACUCAGGGCUGAACGUCCACCUCAAAGGCGGAUCCGACGUAACAACACUGCCCAGCAUCACCACGACGCCGAAACGUGUCUGGUACGGGACCACGUCCGAGCCUCCUCGUUACGAAACUCAUUUCCCCAUCAAGUUCAACUACAUCACCACCGGUUCGGGAACCCCGAGUACGACGACAGCGAAAACGUUCUCAACGACUUCGACGACACCGUCCCCCAGCAAGAGGGUUUAUCACAAUCUAGUGACUCCGAACGCAAAGAACUUCGAGCAUAAAAUGCCCCAACGUCUCGAGGUGACGAGUGCUCCUCUCUACAAGAAAAACAUGUUCCCUCCCAGAGUUAUGGCGACGAACGUGCCGCACGAAAUGACGGCCUAUGCCAAAUACACCACCACGCCUAUACCCCCGUCUCCCCCGGUUAUGCGGACGGUAGAUCUCAGCACGACGACAACUGAGAUGACUGCGUCAACCACGCCCUCCACCGUUUCCACAACAUCUGCUCUUAUAAACACACAAUCGUCCGCCGCCGGUCCGGUUACCACGCCGUCUCCAGCGACGGCGUCGACGGCGACGACGACAACGGCGAAACCAGCUUCCGCCACAGAGAGGUCUUCAACCACCGCGAGAAGCUCAACUGAGGCUCCGACGACACCAGACGAGAUUUUCGAUUUCUUCACGUUCCCCACGACGAGCGGUUCCAAGGAAACGACCGUGAGCCCCGCCCCGGUGUUCCUCCCGCACAGCGAUAUCUCCUUGAAUCACGAUCGACAGGACGAAAUCAUCGUGAUCGACACCGAGAAAGAAAACAUGACCGCCUCGGCCUCCCAGCAGUCUUAUUCGACAUUCAAACCCGUUUUGAAAGUUUUCUCAAACCGAGCCGGAGGAACCUCGUGGUACAAGUUCAAAGCGAUGAUGGCCACGAGCACCACGCCGAGACCUCCUCUGAAAAUGCUCAACGCCGUCCCGGUCUCGGACGGCUACGAAAAAGGUUUUCCCUUCGAGUUCUUCACCGACCUGAGCCUGUUAUCUAAAACAACGGGACGACCCUCUGUCACGCCCGUCACCGAUUUUCCCCAGCCCGUUUACAAUCCAGACAAGAGUCAGCAGAGCGCGACAUGA